CGUUGACGCAAUCUGCUCCAGCUUCUUCCACCGCCAUCGUCCGAGCCUACAUAAAUGAGCUAUCACGAUCGGGCUGGACUCAUCGGAUCAUCUGCUCCGCAGGGCUCUCGCCGCCGUUGCCGACUUGUAUGCAGCUCCCUUGCCGUAGCAACUACUACUUUUGCCUUGCAUGUCCACCGCCGCGGCGCUGCCCCCACAGACGCUGCACCGCCCUGCGGUGACCGCCAGAGUCGCCGCGGCGCCGAGCAACAGCGUCCAUCUAGGUAACCUCGAGAGUCUUUUCCGGAACCGGAGCGCCGUUGAGGGUGGGAGUGGGACGACGACGUCGUCUGCUCUGCAGCCGGUGGUCGGGAAUAGGAGGCAGCAGCCGCUGCUGCGGCUGCCGUCGUUCCUCGCGCGGACCAGGGGCGAAGCGGCCGUGAGGGAGGAGACGGCGCCCGCCCUGUCGCCGCGGCGGCUGGAGCGCCUGCUCCAGCCGGUGGCGCCCGACGGGCCGUCGCCGCGGGGGAACAUCGCGGCGGCGUGGCGGCAGCUGCACGGCGAGGACGGCUGGCGCGGCCUGCUCGACCCGCUGCACCCUGACCUCCGCCGCGAGAUCGUGCGCUACGGGGAGUUCGUCGACGCCGCGUAUGGCGCCUUCUUGUCCCGACCCGACGCCGCGCCAGGGGACCGCGCGCGCGUCCCGCUCCAGGACCCCGCGUACCGCGUCACGGCGCCGCUGUUCGCGACCUCCUCCCUGGGACUCCCGCCCUGGCUCUCCGCUGCCGCGCCGUGCGCCGCGCAGCGGACGAGCCUCGUCGGGUACGUCGCCGUCUGCGACAGCCCCGCCGAGGUCCGCCGCAUGGGCCGCCGCGACAUCGUCAUCGCGCUCCGCGGCACCUGCACCGUGCUCGAGUGGGCCGAGAACGUUCGCGCCGGUCUCGUCCCGGCAACCGAUAACGCCGUCGCCUCGACGGACGCGUCCAACACGAAGGUGGAAUGCGGGUUCUGGAACCUCUACAAGACAGCCAGCGAUCGGUCGCCGAGCUUGUCGGAGAUGGUCGUGUCCGAAGUGCGCAGGCUACUCAACAAGUACAAAGGGGAGGAGUUGAGCAUCACGGUCACGGGGCACAGCCUGGGUGCGGCGCUGGCCGUGCUCAUCGCCGACGAGCUCGCGGGCCGUGCGCAGGCGCCGGUCGCGGUGUUCUCGUUUGGCGGGCCGCGGGUGGGCAACCGCGCGUUCGCGGAGCGCGUGGAGGCCCGGGGCGCCCGCGUGCUCCGCCUGGUGAACGCGCACGACGUCGUGCCGCGCUUCCCGCCCGGUCUGCCGCUGCCGGGCUACGCCGACGUGGGCCGCGAGCUGCGCCUCGACAGCCGCGCGUCGCCGUACCUCCGGCCCGACGCCGACGCCGCGUGCUGCCACGACCUCGAGGCGUACAUCCACCUCGUCGACGGCUUCCUCGGCUCGCACUGCCCGUUCCGGGCCAACGCCAAGCGCAGCAUCCUGCGGCUGGUCAAGAACCAGCGCGGCAACGUCAAGCAGCUCUACAUCAGCAAGGCCAAAGACAUGCGUAUCCGGCUCGAUGGCGGCUGCACCGACAUGCCCGGGUCAGCGCUCGGCUCCAUCGACGUGGCCGGCGCGGCGAACACCGUCAUGGAGUGCGUGCACUGACGACCUCGACGGCGAUGCGAGCUUUUCUGGACUUGCAUAUGUCGGCGAUGAAAAAUUGUUUGGUCAACAGAUAAUGGGGUUGACUCUGUUUUCUUCCCUCUUUGUUUUUUUUUAUUGUAUUUGGUCGCAACUUUUUCCAAGUACAGAAGACGAUGUGCUGUUGCAGGUUGUUGUAAAAGAUAUACCAAACAUGGAAUAGGUAGGUAGGUACAUUGGAAACAUUUGUAUAGAUGAAGAUUUAUUGAUUGACUGGUUGAGAAAAAAUUGUAUCUUCGUGCUUUGUUAUACGGAGUGAAAACAUUUGUUCUCGUGACA